UUUUUUACAGGCUUUUGUCAUCUGUCCCCUUUGAACCUAGUGUACAGCCCUCCUCACUAACUUGCUAGUUGGUGCCUCUUGGUCUGCUGAGAAGAGAUGGGGUGCACCUGAUCUUCCUCCCGGAACAGCAUCCCAUUGUCAAGGAAGUCAAAGCUGUCCCAUCAACACUAUCUGCAUAGCCAAGCAUUCAUCUCCAGGACGUGCAUUUCCCUGCCUGGGCCCUUACCCUCAACUGGAAGCAUGGACAUGAACACAGCCUGUGUCCCUGACCCCUUCGCCCUGGCUCCCAGAGCGCUGUAGUCACUGCUGAUCUGCUCAGGGUAUGUCCAGUUGGAAGACCCAGACUUGCAGUGUGGCUGUGCAGCAAGGCUUAUGAGCAUUCAUGUGAUACUUUUGGAACUGUUAAAUACUAUGCACUCUGCAACAAGAGGCACCUUCUCAGAGUGUCUUCUGAAGGAUGCUCCUUGCUGGCUGAAUAUGUGCGGCUUUAGCUGUCAAAGAAAGGACAAACUCCUGCACCUGUUAGGGCACAAAAGUAACUGACCUCUGUAGACUACAAUCACCUGGCUUUGGAUAAUAUUCAGAGGCUUUCAUUUUGACUAUUUCAGACCAAAGGGUUAAAGUGGCAUUAUGCAAAGCCACUUCUUCAUUUGAAAGCAUUUUGUCAGGCUCACUCACCAGAAAAAAAGUCAUCCAAAUGUUUUGUAGAUAAAGUUCUUGCUUCAGAUUAUAGUGGCUUGGCCAGCACUAGCUAGUGUUAUUGUGCUGCAUAGAACUGUGGUGGACUUGCCUUGUCCAUGCUGUGCAUGGACUGAAAUUGCAGAACCCUAUAUAGCAUUUCUCAUCUUGCCUGUAAUAGUGUGUAGUUUCCACCCCUAAGGGAAGUAGGGCUUUAUAUCUUUGUGGGCGCUUGGACAUGAUCCUUCUUGUUGUACAUAAGAUCAUUGUCUCUCUUCAAUCAGCUCAGAAAAUGCAAUAUCACAAGUUGACUAUUGUUGCGGUGUAACUGGAUGGUUUUGCUUUAUGAUUAGUUUUACUAAAGUAGGAAGAAAGUCAUGGUGAGUGAUUUGAUUGCUAACGAUGCAGUUUGUCUUCCCCAGAUAUUCUGAGCAACAUGCCACCAUCUCCUCUCAGAUUGUUCUCUCAAAUGUUUCUAUUUUAUGAAGUUUGCCCUUGUGGGUUUCUCUCAGGCAAGCAUUGCAACAGGACUAGCUGGAGGACGUGCUUGCUCUGGUGGCUAUAGAAGCAGGUGAACAGGCUGCUCUCAGACCAGCUUCAGAAUGUUGUCUUUCUGGGUUCAAUACAACUCUGACGUGUCAAAUUCAACUUCCUUGUGUAUUUCUGAAAACACCCCCAUGAUAGAGCAUUGGUGGCACAUCAUCUAAACUAGAAAACUUAUCCAGCAGCUGCCAAUAGAAUUAACUUCUCCUGCUUUUUGCUGAUGGCAUCAUCAAAUUCUGUCUAGCACUGGUAGCUUUUGACAGUUUUGCCUUCUUUUCAUUUUCUUGACAGAUAACACAUAUUCAAAGUUUGUGACGAGUUUCUCUCUUUGAUGUAAGCUUUAAGGGGCUUGUAUCCUCCAUGUCUUCAUAUACUAUAACUUCCCUAUUGAGGUAGAAGUCCCAGAGUAUAUUGUUAGCAUUACCACACCAUUUUCAUUUUGUACAAUAUACAGCUCUAAAUUGGCACAAAUCUCUAUGUUAGUAUCCAACUUGCCCUUUUUGUUUAGUGAGCACUUUGAUCCAAGUGCAAUAUGCAGCUGUGAAUUGUCAUUCCAACACUAAUACUGACUUGUGCAUAGAAGUGUCACUGAAUUAAAAAGCCAGUUUCUAGAACAUUUCAAAGGCUAGAAUUGCAUGCACAGGCAAUUACAAACUAAAACCUUUUGCCAGGCAGACUAGAUGCUACUUUGUAUGGAGCAAAAGCUUACAGCUGGAGAAGAUUACAUUGGAGAAGUUCAUGUAUAUUUAUAUCUACUCACUAUGCAGUACAAACUAAGACCAUGCAAUCUACUGCUUCUGGUUCACAAUAUUCAGUGUGACACUGAUCUAAACAGAAAAUUUCAGUUGAAAAAUAUAGAAAACUAUUGUAAUCACUCGUGAGACCCUUUGACAAUUACGAAUGUGAUGUGAAAAUAUUUCAUGUUAGUAUAUUGCAAAAUGUUUAUAUUCACCACUUUUGCCACAUGCUAAACAGCUUAAUUUCUGGAAAAAAAACUUGCCGAUGGAAAACUGAUACAGAUCUUUUGAUACAUUGUUCGGUAGCAUUGACCACAAACCCCAUAUUAAGGUUUUGAAACUGAACAGUCAUAACGGCAGUCAAUCACAGUCAUGUUGCAGUGUCUCUGUAACUGUGCAAAAAAUGACUUUCAUUUCAGGUACCGUUGUUUCACCUCGCCUACAGGCUUAUGUCACGACUUGAUAGCUCCACAUCAUACCUCAUCGAAACAUACAUAACAGCAGCUUUCCAAUGAUCUAUGACGUGGGGGGGUGUACAUGAAACUCCAACAAUAAGCUCCUUUGUUGAGAAUUGCCCCAUACCUAUUGGCUUGGCCUUGCCUUGAACAGCACCCCAAAGGCUCAGAGACCACAAGCCAAAGCACAAGAACCCAAUCUGUAUUAUGGCUGAAAAGGCGAUUUAACACAAUCUCCUGAUUUGGGGGACUGAGUCAAGAUUUUUUGGAUGUUUGGGGCAGGCAAUCCUGUAAAGGUCAAAUAGGGGGGUCCCCCGGUAUUCAGCAGCCAGUAACUGGAGAUACAAAUGCCAGGAUGCUUCCUCCCAGGAGAUUACAGUAUCAGUCCGUGACCCGCUUUGUACAGGAGUGCGACAUGUCAGUGACGUGCCGAUGGGACACGAUGAACAGGUGCCAGCAGGGUGUUCAGGAGGAGUACUUGGCACACUCCCUGCGUUUUGUAGGACCAAUCAAAACUUGUGCCCUGCAGAUGGUUUCCUUCAGCAGCUCUUUACAAGUGGAGCCCUUAACACCUUACAGGCAGCUGCAUUCUGCUGGAUUGUCUGGCCCCGGCGGGAGCUGCUCAGCCAGCUCUGGAAACACUGAAAGGGCCGGGGGCUCCCGCCUCUCCUCCCGGGGAAUCUGCCCAGCUAGAAUUCACAAUGUCACGGGGAAGAGGCUGUGGAUGCAUGUCUGGGACCAGCAGCGUGUGUCCGUGACAAGGCAUCUCAGGUUGGACAUGGGGAAAUAGCUCGCUCGUGGCAGAGGGCAAACACCAGUGUGAGGAACGCUGGACCAGCCAGGCUAUGCUGCAGGGGGGGCAAGCUCUCCUUGGAGCUGAGGUGGUCUGGACCAGUUUUACUCCUGCGAGCCCCUGCAGCUUGAGGCAGUAUGGGAAGGAAAGCGCGCUCUGCCUGGAGCAGACUGGAUUUAGUCCCCCUGUGGAGCAGUCAGCCUGUGGCCAGUGGUGUCUGCUCACAGCAGUCAGCAGAAGCUGGAUUCAGAGAAGCUGCAGGGCCUUGCCCAGCCAGAGGGCCCACUGUUCCCAUGUAGGCGAGAGAGGCAGACACAUUCCUGGGGCCCCACAAUGGAGGCGGCUGCACUCACAGAGCUGUGCAUUGUAUGGCAUGCCAAGCAGGGGAGGCAGCAACAGAAGGGGACUGUGACUGCUACAAAUACCCCAUGCCCCGAGGGCAGUGCCUGUGCUGAAAUAGAGGCUGCUGCUCCUACCCCAGCGGGCCAACAUCUGCUGAGCUCUGGCCCCACAGCCCCUAGCUCCCACCCAGCUUCCCUGCAACAGCCUGAAGAGGCAGCCCUCGCGGGCUAGAACACACUGUUUGCAAAGGGGCUCACCCGUCACCUCUGUGUGUCUUUUCCUAGGAAUGGGAAUGCUCUGGGUACCUCUGUCACCCUCUGACUGUAGGAUCAGAGCACCUACAAUGCGGGCUGGGGACAGGUCAUGCUCUCCAGGACAGAGGCUGGCCCCAUGACCCGCGGCAGCUGCUGUCUAGCACUGAAAGACUCAUUCCAAGCCAUUCGCCCUUUUGUCUGAGCUAACAGGGGCCCGUCUCAGAUUGCCCAUUAGCAGGAGGAAGGGUUCAGCUCACAGAGGCUGUGACCAGGUGCCCUCCCUGCCAAGCUGCCGGUGAACACAGGAAAAGCACAAAGCUUCUCUAAGCCGAGAAUGAGCGCUGAAUAUCCAGAUCUCCGGAAACACAACAACUGCAUGGCAAGUAACCUGACCCCAGCCAUCUACGCCCAGCUCUGCGAUAAAACCACCCCCAACAGCUGGACCCUAGACCAGUGCAUCCAGACAGGUGUGGACAACCCUGGGCACCCCUUCAUUAAGACUGUGGGCAUGGUAGCAGGUGACGAAGAAUCCUAUGAGGUGUUCGCGGACCUGUUUGACCCUGUGAUUCAGGAGAGACACAAUGGUUACAACCCACGGACCAUGAAACACCCCACGGACUUGGAUGCCAGUAAGAUUAAGUCCGGCUACUUCGACGAGCGCUACGUGCUCUCCUCGCGCGUCCGGACGGGGCGCAGUAUCCGCGGGCUCAGCCUGCCCCCUGCCUGCACCCGCGCCGAGAGGCGGGAGGUGGAGAAGGUGACUGUGGAUGCCCUGAGCGGCCUGACAGGAGACCUGGCCGGCCGGUACUAUCGCCUCAGCGAGAUGACGGAGAAGGAGCAGCAGCAGCUCAUUGAUGAUCACUUCCUCUUUGACAAGCCCGUCUCCCCCUUACUGACGGCAUCAGGAAUGGCCCGGGACUGGCCUGACGCCCGAGGAAUCUGGCACAAUAAUGAGAAGACCUUCCUGAUCUGGAUUAAUGAGGAGGAUCACACCCGCCUCAUCUCCAUGGAGAAGGGCGGCAACAUGAAGCGGGUCUUUGAGAGGUUCUGCAAGGGCCUGAAGGAGGUGGAGAGACUAAUCCAGGAGCGAGGCUGGGAGUUCAUGUGGAAUGAGAGGCUGGGCUACAUCCUGACGUGUCCGUCCAACCUGGGCACCGGGCUGCGUGCCGGGGUCCACAUCAAACUGCCGCUGCUGAGCAAGGACACCCGAUUCGCCAAGAUCCUGGAGAACCUGCGGCUGCAGAAGCGCGGGACAGGCGGGGUGGACACGGCCACCACCGGCACCACCUUUGACAUCUCCAAUCUGGAUCGCUUGGGAAAAUCUGAGGUGGAGCUGGUGCAGCUGGUGAUAGAUGGAGUGAACUACCUGAUCGACUGUGAGCGGCGGCUGGAGAAGGGCCAGGAAAUCCGCAUCCCCUCGCCCGUGCCUCAGUUCCGGCACUAAACGUGAGCCCUGCUUGGAUGGGCCUCAGCUCCGGAGCCCCCCAGCCCCUCCCUGUAGUCUGACCGGUCCUACUGGCUGUUGUGUUACCCACAAUGCACUGUACCAGCCUCCAUAAACCUCUGCUGCUGUAA